AGGGCAUGACGCGCGAUGAGACCCUCAGCGUCGCUUUCUCUGCGCAUUAAAACCUACACCACCCACAAAGAUACGCCCAAGCCCAAGGCCGCCGCUGUUCAAGCCCCGAUCCCAGCCGCGUACUACAGGGGCGGCACCUCGCGCGCCGUAUUCUUUCAACCCCAGCACCUUCCGCCAGAUCGUGCACAAUGGCCUGGUAUCUUCCGGCAAACAAUGGGCAGCGGCGACCUUUAUGGGCGUCAGUUAGACGGUAUGGGCGCUGGCAUCUCCAGCCUCAGUAAGAUCUGUCUAGUCGAGCCCUAUGGCGGAAGGAAGGUUGUGUCCAAGCAAGCAAUUGCCGAUAGGGUGCAGUACCAGAGCCUCGACGGAGCGCGCGAUCUUCUCCAGAAUGUUUUGGCCAGAGGUGACGCUGUAGACGGCAUCGACGUUGAUUAUACAUUCGUGGGACUGGGCAUCGAGAGCGACGAGGUGGACGUAGCAGGCAAUUGCGGCAACAUGAGCAGCGCCAUUGGCCCGUAUGCCUAUAAUGCCGGCCUGCUGCCGCCGCGUAUAUAUGCAAAAGGCAACGGCGAAGUCACGGUCAGGAUCCGCAACACAAACACCGGCAAGCUCAUAAGCGCGACUUUCCAUGUCGAUGGCGGACAAGCAACUGUCGCGGGCGAUUACACAAUCGACGGCGUGACGGGGCCUGGCUCCAGGAUCACGCUGGACUUCGAGCGGCCGUAUGGUAGCAAGACUGGCAAGGUGCUACCUACUGGCAACAAGGUUGAUCGCAUUCUCGACUACAAAGUGACCUGUGUGGACGGCGCGAACCCUUGCAUCUUCAUACGCGCAAGUGAUGUCGGCGUGGAUGGCACUGUCCUGCCCAGCGACUUCAACAAGCUGCCGGAAAAGCUCGCUCUACUCGAAUCAAUACGCAAAGCGGCCGCGGUGGCCAUGGGCAUUGCCCCGACUGAAGACACUGUCCCUCGCACGAUUCCUAAGAUUGGUAUCGUUUCCAUGUCUUCCGAACAUCCUGUGCUCUCUGGUCAGACGCUCCUCACCUCACAGACCGAUCUUGUAGUCCGCUUCCUCUCCGACACGCAACCGCACCGCGCUAUCCCGCUCACGGCGGCGUUGACCACAGCUGUAGCAGCACGCAUACCUGGUACUAUCGUCGAACAGUUGCUGGCGCCUGAUCCCGUCGUGGAUGGUGUCAUCACCAUCGGUCAUGCGAGCGGAAGGUUGCAAGUUGAUGCCACAAUGGACAAGAACGAUGAACUUACGCCUGUCAACGCAACAGUUUAUAGGACGGCGAAGCGUCUUUUCGAAGGGACAACAUUCUGGGUAGAUAACGUCGCGAACACGCCCAAAGAGGGAGCGCUGCGAAGCGUGCACGGGAUGCAUGGCACACACUCACUGGGCAUGGCAUUCGUACUAGAAAGUCGCGGACAGUCCACAAAGGAGCUGUAUGCUGGAGAAGAGGAGGUGGUCGCUGAACAUGUGGAAAGAAAACCUGACCCUCUCGAAGAACUUGGAUUUACGAGAGUACGAAUGUACUCGUCGACUCACAAAGUUUCUCCCAAAAGCUCCACUGACCCCAUCACUGAAAAGCCUGACCCGGCCGAGAUAAAGAUAAGAUACAGGACGGACGAGCAGCGCCCGUCGGACAGGGAAGGCAUAGAAACGUACGUCAACGAGGGCGGAAACACGCAAGAACAGCCUGAUACCGGUGUGGACCAUAUGGCACGUUCCAGAACUGGUCCGAACAAACACAAACUCAGUCACAGACCCAUCGCGACUGGGAAAGCGCGAAGCCUCAAGCUGAAUGUGCGAAAAGAAAAGCUGAAAGUCGCAAAAUCGCUCAAGAAAAGGCGCGACAACAACGAAAACAAAACCACAGAAGCACAUGAAAGGAGUGAGAGCGAGAAAACAGCAAUGAGGGAGAUGAUCGACCGCGACCGCGCGCGCGAAGCUCGAUGGGCCCAAAUGUCGUCCACUAAGGACGACUCGUCGUAGUAAAAUCACAUACACCACACCGUCAAGCCGCCCUCGCGCAUGCUGACUCGGCCCUAACUCCCCCCCUCCAUCUCCAUGUCUGUCUACGAUACACAGCCCUAGUGCUAUGAAUACUCGCACUCGAUGCCUCGUGCCUCGUGCUGGAUGCACCGGUGGAACUGACCCUCGACUCGAAUCGCCAAGCACCCCGUACCUAAACUCCACCCUACGCCCCCAGCCCCGUAAGAAGACAAAACGCAGUAGACGACCGACGGUGUAUCACGUACAGCACGGGGUCGGCGCGGCGCGGUGCCAUACUUCGCACCGCUCGUCGGCCGCCGAGAGCAGCAUGCAGCAUGCAGGGCGCGCGUACAAGGGCCGUUACCGGGCGAUCAGGUUGCCUGCAGCCGCUAGGAUACAGGCUGUGUGGGCUGCGGUGUGUG